CUAUCACUAGGCCUAAAAAAACUACCUACGAAAAUACCCAUACAACCUCUACGAAAGCCUUACCAAAUGUGAGUGUGUGAGCUCCGAAAUGUUUGAGAAAAAGAACCUCGGACUCACCCCUCGACCUCGUCCCUCUCUCCUCCUCAGGGACAUCCGGCAUGAGCAAGAGUUGGAGCUCCAGCAGGUGGCGUGGCGGUUCAUGAAAAGGCGAGAGAAGGAGCAAAGGGCCAAGGAAGAGCGGGAGAGGCGGAGGGCGGAGCGGUCAAGGGCAAGGGCGGAGAAGAAGACGCUGAAGGCUCUCAUGAAGUCUGGCGCCGUCUCGAAGGGCAGCACGGCACAGAUGGCUGAAGAGGGAGAGGCGGGUGACGUAUUCCUGGGUCCUCACGGCGACCUAGGGUGAGUUGACUCCUGCAGACGGGCAUCCUUUUCCUCCUCUUCUUCUUCCUCCUCCUCCUACUCCUGUCGAUGGCUUGUGAAAUUAAGUUGUGCUCGUCAUUUUUUUAAAGUUUUUUUUUUUAGUUUCCGUGUUGUUUCUCUCUCUGUAUCUGUCUGUUUCUGCUUCUGUACUCAUGUUUUUUUUCAGUCAGUUAGUCAGUCA